AUGGCUCGAUCCGAUAAUAAGCGAAAAAAUGAUGGAAAGAGGGAUGAAGAUUCAGAUACGGAAAUGGUGGACGAGACUAUCGAUGUUACAUUCGAAUUUUGUGAUCUGAAUCCAAUCGACUACCAUGCCCUCAAACAUCUUAUAUCUCAACUAUUUUGUAUAAAUUCAUCUAUAUCUUCUGAAGCCGAACAAACUACUCCAAUCUUACCAUCGAAAGCUCAAUUGAAACCAGUUCCAAAAGAUAUCGAUAUUGGGGAAUUGACGGAUAUCCUGCUGGGUGAUCAAAAAGAAUGGGUCGGCGGAACAGUAAAAUGUGACGAUGAAAGUAGUGAUCCUUACUCAUUUGCAAGUGUCUUGGAUCUUCGGGCUCACCAGUCCAAAUCAUCAGUAUCUGCACUAACGUCCUACUUGAUGUCAUCUAUAGCCUCAAAUAAAUCAUGUGCCGUGUCACAAGACCUAAUGAAAACAAUCGAAAAGGAUUUAAAGCCAGAGGGGAAAGGUGUCGGGCUUUUGCUGUCUGAACGUUUGAUCAAUAUGCCUGUGCAAGUCAUGCCUCAACUUCUUGCACAGAUAGGAAACGAGAUCAAACAUGCUCAAUCAAAAAACGCCCCCGGUUUCAAUUAUAGUCAGCUUUUGGUUCCCUCUCGAGUUUUCUUCCCACCUCAGGAAAGCCAGGAUGCAGAGCAAGCCAAUGCCACCUUCGAACGAGUUGAAACCUCGGAUUCUAAGCAGAACAAGCCAAAGAAGAAGAAAAUGGAUAAGAUGGUAGAGGAGGACGAGAAUGAACGCUGUCUUUACCAUCCCGAGGACCACAUCAUAUCACAGUUUGCCUCCCAUACAGUCCACUUCACCUUGCCUACGGAUGAAGGCAAGACUCAAACCAAGAAUUCUGAUGCACCAGAUUUUGGUGUCAAACAGGAAGGCAGGCUGAUGCUGAUAGACUUAUCUAAAUGGGAUCAAAUGAUCCUCAGUCUGAUGACAUACAUUGGUGUUCAAGCUUAA